AUGUUUUGGAACGAAGAAGAAAUUGUGCCGCGAAGCCUCCUCCUCAUCUCUUCCGGAGCAGUUGGUGAUCGAUUGCUAUUCUGGAAGUCGACCAGCGCUCCUGGUAGUUCUGUCCAACAAGAGCAGGUGCCAUCACGCAUUGCUGAUACGCGAAGGUGGGCUCGUCGCACUCACUUUUCUUAUCACUUUUGGGAUCCCCGUUUCACUCUGUUCGUCGGGUCACCUCAACAGGCUGUCAUCCCGUCGGGCGAGGUAACCAUAUCGAGUGCACUGAGCGCGGGCAAGACACGUCUCUCUGGCGCCCCGCCCUGUGCUCAGCGCCACUCCACCGCUGCCGUCACCGCUGUCACCUCCUCUGGAAAUUCCGGGGCCAGUGGCAAUCCGAACCAAUCUGGCGGGUCCAUUGCCGUCGCCCCCACUGAAAUGAUCGUUGAGAAUGUACCUGUCAGCUCCCUGCUCAGCCUCCUCCACCCCUCUACCAACGAGCUCCAGCAUAAAAUUCACAUUAAGCUAAGCACGAAGGUCUUCGUCGGCGUGGCCUUCAGUCUAGCAAAGUCCAUAAUGGAAACGAAUGGUGUUCCCGUAAUAAAUCAAUCAUCGCCUCUAACCAAUCGAAGGGGCUCCAUGCCCAGCACCAGCACCUGCGCCACUGUAGCACCUAAGCCACCAAUGGACUUUACAAGCAUAAUUAAUUUCCUGCGCCUCAAAUCUCCGCUUCCUCCACCUAAAUGUGAAUCCUCUCAAACGCAGGUAGCGCAUUGCGGCGGUCUAUUUGGUGCCAUCAGUAGCAAAAAAGGUGAAAAAACGAUCAACCAAAACGUAUCCAGCUUUGCAGUUGUCUUUGUUCUUAACGAAGCUACUCCACCGUCCAUUCAGUCGCAUUACACGGAACUCGCUCGACUAACAGGAGCACAAAUACGUCGAUCCGAGCUCUACUGGCAAAACCUGAGUAGUGAACGUGAGAAAAUAUCCGCCAUUCUCGACCGAUACGCGGGCAUUCUCAGUAGUGGGGAUGGUCAGGUGGAUGCCGGAGAGCACAGCGGCAGCAAUGGUAGCAGCGUCGAUGACAAUGGCAACAUUAGUGUCACAAAUGAAAGUGUUGGCGGUACGGAAGUGGUCUCACCUCUUAUUACCACACACAAAAUGGCUCCAUCAGAGGCUCCUGAGGAAGACGAUUCCGCCAAGUUUAAUAAACAUGAAUUUACUGGAGGUGGUCGUUGCGACCCUUGGCGGGUCUACGCACAUGUAGCGAAGCGUUCUUCCCUCUGCAGCGAGCUUUCUCAAAUCUUGAGUCAAGUGUCCUCCAGCGGCCGGGUAAAUGUCAAGAUAUACAACAAGUAUUCGGUCUUCUUCUGCCUCCCCUUCAAGGCCUAUGCAAUUAUGCCGUUUGGAUUGAAAAUGGUAACUACACCGAAGCCUUGUUGGCCUGGGAUUCGCCCAGGCGCGGUUUGGCGCGCUAUGCAACGUCUUCGACCCUAUCACACCCUGCUCUUGACCACGCGCAAACGCUUUCUUCAUGUCUACACUGACUCCUUUCCCACUGACGUAAAUCAGUCCCUCGAGAGUUUUGUGGAAGACAUCUCUCCGAUCUCCAGUUUGGUCUCUAUGUCCAAUCGAGGCCACUCUCAGGAGGACUGUCUUCGUGUGGCGCUUUGGCUAGUCUAUCACGGUCACGCAAUUAUAAUCUCGCCCAUUGCCUCUAGCAAUGCCUACACACUGGCUCCACUCUCCCACUACUGGCUGCAACCCAAGGUCCUCCUCCAAUUCGCUGCUCAAUUUCCCAAAUUGAACUUUGCGGAGGUUCUGUCGUCGUUCUCGGAUUAUUAUACUCUUGAAGACCACUUUAACGGGCAAUCACCGUCACAAUUUUGGACAAAAUUAAGUGCAACGGAGGGUGCUGACCUGGUGGCGUGGCUUCUGCGUCGUCGGCUUAUUGUGCAGAUACACAUCUACCUCCUCUCUCUUCUACGAAGAAAAAAUAACGACGUCCCGCUUGAUCAUGACAAAGGCAUCUCUGACUCCAACUCCUCCUGUUCCUUGAGUGGUCCAUCGGAAUCAGCCUUCGUCCGGAUUCAUCAGGGAUGCGGAGGAGCUCUGCUGCAAUCCGCUCUGCCAAAUGAGGUCGAUCGAGAGCGCGUGCUAGUGCACUACCGCUCUGCCGUGCAGCACUAUCCCAACAUGCUCCACCUCUUCCUACGCCUUCUGACGCACCUCCCGGCGCACUUGGAAGAGCUUAUGUUCGUCGAAUCGGUAGACAGACAAACCCUUAUCAGUUGUAUGCAACUAUUUUCACCCUUCCUCAUAACAAUGCGCCUGCCUGAUCCCGUUACCGCCUGUUUUGCUGGUGUCGAGUGGUCUCAUUGA